AUGUCUACGCCACCGACCUUCUCAUCGGCCGUCUUUCCUACAAGCCUGUAUAUCGCAACCAUUGUGCUUUACUCCAUCCUCAUCAUACCUACUUUUUACAUCUGGCGUCGCCAUGGCAGACCCGGCUUCCUAGCUUACAACUUCGUCUAUGCAUUUUGCGCCAUCCGCAUUGCCGGCGGUGCGUUAUCCGUGGUCGCUGUCCACAAUCACGAUCUCGAAACCAGCGCGACUAUCGUCAAUAGCUUGGCCAUCUCGCCACUGCUGCUAGCUGGUCUUGGAUUCUUGCACGAGGCACGCAAUGCCCGUAUCGCGAAUUCGAACUCAAGACGCGAGUGGAUGUUUGUGGGUGUGCUUCACGCUCUAGUGACUACGGCUAUUGUGCUGGUGGUCAUUGGCAUCGUCAACGUCGUCAAAGGUGUAUCAACAACCCAAGACUCUGGGCUUGUGAAAGCCGGUCUGGCGGUUUUGGUGGUGGCAUAUGUGGUUUUGCUCGCUUGGACGACGGGUUCUCUACGCCACCCUGCUCGAUCAAAGAAUGACACGUUUAUCGAUGGGACGGUGGUAAGUUUUCAGAUUCGAGUCACUCAAAAGAGGCUUACACAUUGCUGA